UCAUCAUCAUCAUCCUCUCUGAAUAAAGCUCUGCAGCUUCCAAAACACAACUUCAAUUUGGAAAAACAAUGGAAGUGAAUGAGAUGAGCAUAAUAAUACAGUUUCUAAGCUGUGUGUGUGUGUGUGUGUGUGUGUCAGUCAUUUGCUGUAAUAUGAGCAUAAGAGGUAAUUGCAGAUUUCAUAUCGGAGCCCAUUAUGCCAUUUUACCGCAUUAAUGUUUGAUGAGCAUCUGAUUACCUCCUUCCCCAGAACACGAUCAGCUCCAGAAUGAGUGAAGAUCUGCUGGAGACGCACGGGUUUCUGGGAUUGAUUUCACAGACGUACAUGUAUGUUUGACAUUAACCCACACGUCGAGCCCCUGAACCAGACGCUGUUAUUGGAGCAGGAAUCACACGGAUCACAGACGAUCCUCUUCUCUCCUCCACUGGCGGACGGAGCACAUGCUGGAACGGAUACCGGUCUGGACUGCCGCCUGUCUUCUCCUGCUCUCUCUGUGUCUGUGCUGGAUUAUUGUGCUGGAGCGUCUCAGAGGAGCUGAUCUUCAUCACAUCGGUCCGUCAGGGACUCAUCCAGCGCUCCGCUCCGGACUCCAGACUGCAGCUUCAUGGGAAAGACGCUGGAGCAGCACCAGAUGUACCCGUACUACACCUGCUACUACCCGCCCUACGCGCACAGCAAGCCAUAUGCCCCACCCCCUUAUCCGAUGGCCCCGCCCAGUCCAGGAAGCAGCAGCUGUAGUCAGAGUGCAGUGGAGCAGCUCAGCAAAACUAACCUGUAUAUACGAGGACUUCCACCUGGAACGACAGACCAGGACCUCAUCAAACUCUGCCAACCAUAUGGGAAAAUCGUGUCUACUAAGGCCAUCCUGGACAAGAACACAAACCAAUGCAAAGGUUAUGGUUUCGUGGACUUCGACUGUCCGGCAGCGGCUCAGAAGGCCGUUUUGUCUCUGAAGGCCACUGGUGUGCAAGCGCAGAUGGCAAAGCAGCAGGAGCAGGACCCCACUAACCUGUACCUGUCUAAUCUGCCCGUCUCUAUGGAUGAACAGGAGCUGGAGGCGGUGCUUCGACCCUUCGGUCAUGUGAUCUCCACACGGAUAUUACGAGACGCCAGCGGCGUGAGCAGAGGCGUCGGCUUCGCCAGGAUGGAGUCCACAGAGAAAUGUGAAGUUGUCAUACAAAAUUUCAAUGGAAAAUAUCUCAAAACUCCACCAGGCAUCGCAGGUCCGUCUGAGCCGCUGCUGUGCAAGUUUGCUGAUGGCGGUCAGAAGAAGAGACAAACCCAGAGUAAAUAUGCACAGAACGGCAGAGCGUGGAGGGAAGGAGAGACGGGAAUGACACUCACAUACGAGCCUGCCGUCAUGCAGAACGGGUUCUACUCUUCUCCAUAUAGUAUCACUACUAACCGGAUGAUCGCGCACGCAUCUAUCACUCCGUUCAUCACCGCUUCACCCAUGUCGACUUAUCAGGUUCAGAGUACAGCAUGGAUGCCCCAACAGCAGUAUGUGAUGCAACCGACAGGAGCGGUCAUCACUCCAGCAUUAGAUCACAGUGCCGUAUCGGUGCCACCAGCAGCCAUGAUGACUCCACUAACACAACAGAUGAACCAACUCACACUGGGAUCUGCUGCUAACUACAUGACUGCUCCAGCUGCUGUGGCUCCUAUGCAAGGAACAUUCAUCCAUCAGUUAACACCGCUCCCUCCGUCAGCACUUCCUGUAGAGGGUGUAGUAUCAGAAGCUCCUCCGCAGACGGUGGCUCCCUCAUCACAGGACGUCCACGUAGCACAGCAACAGAUCACCGUGGAAACCAGUGACCAUAUUCAACCCUGCUCCUACCAGUCCAAAUAGCGUCCUGAAGAGCUGAAUGUUGGUCAUCUCUCUCUUCCGAUGGAGGAUCAGACGCUCUGCACUGAAAACAUGGACUCACGAUGGACUUCAGGUGACCUCAGCACCAAACACACAGACUGGACUCAUUUCCUCCUGGACUAAAGCCGCUGAAGGACUUUAGGAGGUGAUGAGGAUUAUUUCAUGAUUUUCUUUUAUGUCUGUCGGACUGGAGUGUGGAUAGAUGCGGAUACGAUGUAGAAUUAUAAGAAGAACACGGACCGUCUUCCUCAGAUAUUAAGCUAUCACAUCUUCAUCUUCUGUUGAUUUUCUUCUGUCAAAUGUUGGAAUUUACAAAAACAUCUCUUGCCUUAAUUUGAAUCCAUCUUAAGACGCUGUAUUUGUGUGUGUAAAUCAUGGCAGAACUGAAUCCUCGUAUCACAUUUUCUUCAUUUGAAGGAUAACGAGGUCAUUAUAAUUUUCCUGACUGGAUUGCAUUUUUACUUACAUUACCUUUCACAAAGAGGAAAACAAGUACAGCAGUUUGCUGCAGUUUAUGAACAUGCUUUUUUAAUUUGUGAUCAUUUUACACUUUAGAUUUGACAUUUUUAAUCGACGUUAAUGUUUUAGCCUGCUUUGCUUGACGCACUUCAUAUAAUAAUUAGGAUAAAAGGAUUAAAAGCGUGAAGGAGCGGACGCAGGUAGUGUGAAUCCGUCUGAAGCAAUAGCAGAAGUAGUUGCAGUAGUUUUGUGUCGUUGUGAAGGAACGGCGGUCGUUUCUAAACCAAAGAUGAAGAAACUUCUCAAGCAGUUUGGCUCUUUCGCUCUGAAUAUGUCGAUGAUGAUGAUGAUGAUGAUGAUGAUGAUGAUGAUGUUUCUAGAGCUGCUAUUGUUGUUUUUUAUUAUUAUGGUUUUUAUUUGAAUAUUUUUAUUGUGGUAAACAAAUGAUUAUUGUUUUAUAUAAUUUAUGUACAAUCAUGAGCGCAUUUGAGCAGUAAAUGAGACAUGUGAUCAGA